GUGGAGCCUGUCUGCCAACAGCCUCAGCAGCGGCUCUAUCUGGAUCCCACUCACACUCACUGACAAUUAACCGAGGCCCCCCCUUUUUUACCCCCUUCUUCUUAUUUUCGAGGGACUAUUCUUCACCAUGGGCGACAAAAAGAGCCCUACCAGGCCAAAAAGACAAGCGAAACAGACGGCGGACGACGGCUACUGGGACUGUAGCGUCUGCACCUUCAGGAACACCGCCGAGGCUUUUAAAUGCAGCAUCUGCGAUGUGAGGAAGGGCACAUCCACAAGGAAACCCAGGAUCAACUCCCAGCUGGUUGCUCAGCAGGUGGCUCAGCAGUAUCCGAUGCCUCCUCCGCCCAAGAAGGAGCGGAGAGAAAGGAGCGACCGCACAGACAAGGAGCGCCCGGACGGAGACGGCGAGCGGGCCAACGGGGAGGGACGCCCGGAGGGCGAGCGUCCGGAGACGGUGAGGCCAGAGGUGGAGACCCCCGAGAAGGACAAGAGCGACAAGGAGCUACCGAUCGUAGACAAACCCGACAGAGAGAAGGACAUCAGCCCAGCUGUCACGAAGAAACCCAGCAGCAAAAAGACCAGACCCAAGUCAGACAACCAUCAAAGUUCACCCAGUGACAAACACAGCAUACAGUCUGGCAAAUCAACAACCAAGACCAACAAGAACUCUCACAUUUCCAGGCCCAAACUGAAGAACGUAGACCGGAGCACCGCUCAGCAGCUGGCCAUCACCGUAGGGAACGUGACCGUCAUCAUAACAGACUUUAAGGAGAAGACCCGCUCCUCGUCCACGUCCUCGUCCACCAUCACGUCGAGCGCGGGUUCUGAACAGCAGCACCAGAGCUCCGGCUCCGAGAGCAUGGACAAAGGCUCGUCGCGCGCCUCCACCCCUAAAGGGGAUCUCUCUCUGGGGCACGACGAAUCGUUCUGAGCUCCUCCUCCUCCUCCUCCACCUCCACCUCCUCCCGCCUAAAACCACCCCCCCUCACCCCCUCGCCCCCCUCCCCCAUGUUUCUGGACACUAUGGAUCCCAUAGGGGGAGAGAUUUCACGUUUCCCAUCGCUGCCCUCCCGCCCUGCCUCCCUCCCCCUUCCUGCCCUCCCUCCAUACCAUCACUACCCCCACCUUUUACGUCACCCUCACCCCACCACCACCAGUUGACUGAGAAGAAGAAGAAGAAGAAGAAGAAGAAAAAGUGCGCCUGUCGGGGGAAUAAAAAAUAAAUAAAUAAAUAAAUAAAAUAAAUAAGCACCUGCUUGAGGAACUUCCCUCGUGGUUCCACUCUUGGCACAGGCACGGAGAGCUGAGCUACACGGAUUAACGCCCCCCCAUCCUCCUCCUCCUCCUCCUCCUCCUCCUCAUCCCCUGAUCUCGCCCCCCCUCCCACCACCUCCCCUGCGGUAGCAUCCAGACACUUGUAUGUAUUGUUUUAUAUUUGUACGUGGAUGUGAGGCCAAGUCGACAUUUUCUUUUUUUGUUUUUGUAAAGAAGAAUUCUCCGCUGGGCACAAUAACCACCACCACCAUUUUAAUAACUUUAAACUAUUAUUACCCUUAUUUAUUACCUGUUGCACCUGUAUACUUUGAUAUUCUCCUUUUUACGUUGAAGCUUUGCUGUGUAGCUCUGCCGACCCGUCGUUCUUUCAGUGUUUUUAUUACAGCUUGAGAAUUAUUGGACAACACACACACACAGACACAGAGACACAAACACAGACACACACAUACACACACAUACACUGGUGCUAGAUACACUGUGAAGCGUUUUUUUUUUUUUUUGCAGAUCUGGGAUCGCCCAUUCACUCAAUGUGACAAAGUGCUGAUGAAUCAAAUUCUCAUUCACUUUUCUCAACAACACUGUCUCUCACUCUGAACACUGUCAGGACCUCGUCGGGUCCCUUUCUGUACAGGUCACUGUGCAUCAGAAGAACAUCACCUGAAGUCCAGACUUUUUUUGUUUCCUUGGGUUUGUUUUUUCCAACCUAGACUCGUCUAUGAUUUUUCGUAUGCUAUAGCAGCUCUCUUAUACAGUAUCUUAUGUCCUUAACUGUACAGUGUAGGCUGUUGUGUAAAACACUAAAAAGCUGUUGGUAUUUCCUGCAUCAUUCCGUACUUGGAUGGUUUGAGUUUUCCGGUUGAAGGUAGAGAGCUCUGUCCUCUCUCAGCUCCAGAGCCAUGUCUUUUUUUUUUUUUUUGUGGGGUGGGGGGGUUUAUUUUGUUUCCUGUUGUGACUGAAGGUUGGUUACACACACACACACACACACACACACACACACACACAGUUCCGCUUGGUAAAACCAUUAUUGAACUGUUAAAAUAGACCUGUUGUGUCAAGCUGUUGUGAAUUCAUUUUCUUCUUGCGUUGUGGUCCUGAAGUCAACCCCAGAAAAACAAGUGCAAAGAACAAUUUUUCUAAUUUUUAAUUUUAUUUGCUUUUGCUUUUUACAAAGAAUGACAAUUCAAUUGACUUGUUUUUUUUUUUUUUUUUUUUGAAUUAAUUUAAGACUCCUGUCAUUGAAGGCUUAAAAAAAUAAUAAUAUUAUUGCAGUAGUAAAUAGGAAAACAGUUGUUCUUUCAAAUUUUAUAACAGCAAGGCUUAUUUAAGGGUUUUAAUUCACUUUCACCUUAGCUGAUACUAGACCAACAUAAUUUUCCUUUUAACUGUAUUAAAUUGUAUAAAGAAUAAAUGUGUAUAUGAUAUCUUAGUUUUAUUUAUUGAAGGACCAAAGGAAUUUCAUAAUGACAUGAUACAUAGACAGAUGAAUAACAAUUUGAAAUGCAAUUAUCUAAUGUGUGAGAUGAAUAACAGUUUAAAUAAAGACUAAUAUAAUCCAUGUAAAUGGUGUUCUUAUUGUCCACUCAUCUCAUCGCACUGUGAGCCGAGUACAAGGACACUAACCAGAGCUCCACGCACAACGUGCUGGGUGGUGGCGGGGGUGAGGGGGGGGGUAUCUGGGUCUUAGGGUCCCAGGAAGCCCCCCCCCCCCAUUAACUCUGCUGGACUCCCACAGUACAUGUAGCUCCCCUAACCGAGGCCCCGGCUGAGCCUUUAAGAGCAACUAAAGCCAUGUUAGGGGACGUUAACGUGCCCAAUCCCACCCCCCCACACCCGCCCCCCCCUCAAAUAAAUAAAACACUUUGCAUUUCCACACGUAGGGACGAUAAUCACAUGUGUGUUGAGAUGUGUGUUGAUAAAUUCUUUCUGCUUUUUAAGCUCUGGUUAAUAUGUAAUUAUGUACUUUAUUGCAUACAGAUAUGAAAUCAGUGUUCAAAGUGAGGAAAAAGGCAAUGUGAAUACAAGUGUUGGGUCAAAGAAGGGGGGCGGGGGCGGGGGUUAAGGGAAAAACAAAUGUUUUGUCCAAUUUUUACUGAGAAUAAACCCCCUGCUUUGUAAUGCAAUCUGUUAGAAAUGGGGCCUAAAAAGCCAUUUUUUUCACCUGCCUUAUAUCUGCAACCACACUCACCCGACUUACUCCACAACGGAAAAAGGAUUCAUUGUUAAAUUAUUAUUGACAAAUGGCCAUUUGCUGAGUAUAUGAAUUAUUGCUUGUAUAUAGAAUAAAAAAAAAAACAGAAAAAGAAACAAGCGGUGCAGAAGCAAACACUAUGAAUAAUGGCAUUGGAGCUGAAGUCUUUUGUUUCCUGUUUCCUUCCCGCGCAAGCAGUUCUGUUCUUGUGUGCGACCAGUAACCUUAAUUUACUGUGUAAAGAUGGUUACAUUUUUUAGCUUUGUUUGUCAGAGACCCAAAUAUAGAAUGCUUGUUUACUGACUGUAUAACCUUAACCGUGAAUUUCCAAUUAAGUGUAUUAUACAAACUCAUUUCUUCCUAUAACAAUGUCUUGUACAAUGCUUUUAAAGUUAUUGCUCGGUUUAAAAACAGAAAAAAAAAAAGAUAAAAAAAAUAAAUAAAUAAAAAAUGUUGGGACAGUACAAUAAUCCAUUCUUUGUUUAAUCCAGUUUUGGUUUUGUUCUGUUUUUCUUUCUUUUCUUUGUUUUUCUUUCUUUCUUUUUCUUUUUUUUUUUUUUAAACUUCUAGCUGAUGUGUCAUUGUUCCCCCCCCCCCCCUCCCCCCCUCCCCCCACUCCCACUCCCCCCUUGUGAAAUGGUCACAUUUUGUUCCUGGUGUGGAAAUGUACGCAGCAUUUUCAGCAGAUCACGGCUCCUUGUCUAGCUUAUAAUGUUAAACUAAUACAUGUUUCUGGCAUGUGCACGACUUUGCGCUUAUAGGCUAACCUGAAUCCAUUUCUCCUCCGCUUCAAAUAGAAAUGUCUAUUUAUGAAUUUUGCUUGUAGUUUUUCACAAAUAAAAUUGUUAAAGUUCUAAACUGUC